UGGAAGACCGUCCACUGUGUUCUGGUGGUGGUCAUGAGCACCGUACGAAAAAUUGCCGACGCGGCAGUAAAAAAUCGUACCCAGACGCCGUUUUGGAAUUGGCUUCGGAAUAAAUUACUUGCCGUUGAUCGUUUACCUAUUACUCCACCUCCAGGACUUCCCACACCCGAUGGAAAGGCUGUAUAUCACAAUCCAUUGCGUUUUCCAAAAUCACAAUCUGCUCGUCCGGGAUCAGCUGAGCCACCUUCUCUGCCGGGUGGAGUUCAUCAUUUGUUGGCCGAAAAUUAUUACUAUACUAGAGAUGGUCGUCGUGAAGUAUUACCCCCAUAUCCUUUAUAUAAAGCAGACUCUCAUCAUGUACAGUAUGGAGCGUUUACAGGUGAAAAGCUCGCCGACAAGGGUGCCGUCCAGGUAAACAAAGGGCCAUCCUCAAACUUUGGAUUAGAGGCGCCUACACCAGGAUUCGGCUACGAAUGGAAGCGAACACGAUCAGAUGAACUGGAAACGCCAAAAAGCGAUCCAGAUUUGGCUCGUCUUGAGCGCUUUGAUAGAUUUGCUGCUAGCAAUGCUGAUCUGUUUGUUUCUGGAAUGGUGACCAAGAUGCGCAUCUCUGCACUUAGCAUGGGGAAGCAUUUUGGAAUGCUUGGAAAGAUGUACGGUGAGCAUCGAUUUGCUCUCGCUCCAAAUGAGCAAAAAGCGUUUAAAGGUUUCAUUAACGAUGCCUUCAUAAAGGUUUUCAAGUCAUAUGUUUGGUACCAGUGGUACUAUUACAUUCCUCAAGCGAUUGCUGCUUAUCUUAUAUACGACUGGGCAAAGAAAGCCAACUACAAAGCUGGAAGGAAGAACCCAGCUCUUUAUGCUAAUGAUAAGUAA